AAUAAAGGGAUCCCUUCGUGCCUCUGAGAAUAUGCCAGCAGCAGCUGCUGGCCAGGAGCAAAAUAUUCUUUGGGAAUCAGCAUCAUCUCUCACUUCUACCAUAUAUUUAAGCAUAAACCCACAACUCCCAUUUUCGUGGUGAAAAGGGAACCGAUUGGCCAUCACCCAUCAGCCACCAGCCAGGAGUAAUCAACUAGGAAUCCAUGGGAGUCGAUGAUGCAUCGAACUCUUUGAAAAAGCAUUCUACAUCUCUAAAAGAGAUUCAUGGUGUGCAACUCGUAUACCAAAAUCCAUUUACAGUUGGGAGACAUCUUUGUAAGGACAGAACGACUUCUGAAGACUCGGAAAUUGUGGAAACAAGUCAAAGAUUGCUAUUGCGAAUAUGGCAGCAGAGGCCAUCAUGCUUGAGACCUAUUCGCUGUUGUUUGCAUGGUGAUCGGCACAUUGCAGAAACUAUUGCUAAUGUUUUAACUUCAUUACCUUUUAUUAUUCUUGGAUCUCAGGCUCCAAGAAAGAAUCUGAAAACCACUCUGUAUGCCAAUUCAUUAAUUGGUGUUGGGGUUGCUUCAAGUUUAUACCAUUUAUCUAGAGGGAAAGCCAGAAAAUACUUGAGAUGGGCAGACUAUACGAUGAUAGCAGCAACUACUCUUUGUCUUUCAGGAGCUCUGCGGGAUGAGAAUCCUCGACUGUUAAUGGCAGCUUCAACAUUUCUUUUGCCCAUUCAGCCUCUGAUGGUUUCAGCUGUUCACACUGGAAUGAUGGAGGUUGCAUUUGCAAGAAGAGCAUCCACGAAACCAGAGCUAAAGAUGGCACACAAUCUUCAUGCGGUAUCAUCUCUGUUAGGUGGUGCCCUGUUCAUUGCGGAUGAUUGCUUCCCGCAAACUCCUUAUCUCCAUGCUGCAUGGCACCUCGCUGCAGCUGUUGGGGUUGGAACAUGUAAUAAGCUUCUUGAAUAGUGUUAUAACAUUUUCAACAAAAAUCAAUUCGUUGACAUCAUUGUAUAGUACCAAGAGUAUUAAUGCAGAAAUCAGUUCUUAAUGUUUUUGUACU